AUGGGUUAUCAACAGAUUACAAGAUUUUCUGAGUUGGUUAACAAGAGUAGGAUCUAUGAUGAGGAUAACCAUGAGAGUGUUGCUCAUUACAAAUCCUUGCAUGAUAAGAAAGGAAAAGGGAAAUUCCGAUGGAAUCCGUAUGAUGGUAAGAAGAAAGUUGGUGAUGGAAAGAAGUCGUGUGGGGGAGGAUCUUACACUCCUAUCAAGUGCUCCAGAUGUGGUGUUGAGGGACAUCGUGCUCCCGAGUGUCCUAAGUGCGAUGUGACUUGUUUCAAGUGUGGCAAGCAAGGUCACAAAUCUUUUGAUUGCAGAGUUGGUUCGAAUGUGACUUGCUACAAUUGUGGUGAGCAAGGGCACAUUAGUACCAAGUGCAACAAGUCGAAGAAGGAGCAAGCCAAAGGGAAAGUGUUUGCAUUGUCUGAUGCUGAUACUUUUGCUGAGGAAAGAUUGAUUCGAGAUUUUGAAGUUGAUUUAAUGUGUCUUCCAUUGAGUCAACUUGAUGUUAUUUUGGGAAUGGACUGGUUGAGGGCCAACCAUAUCUAUAUCAAUUGUUUUGUGAAAGUUAUUCUUUUUCUUGAGCCAGAGAAGGAAGGUGAUUUAUUCUUGUCUACUCAACAAGUGAAUGAAUCUGUGCGAGAUGGCGCUGAAGUGUUUAUGUUGGUGCCAAGUUUGAAGCUUAGUGAAAAUGGAACAAUGGGUGAAUUUCUAGUUGUUCAUGAUUUUCCUGAAGUGUUUCCUGAUGAGGUUAGUGAUUUGUCGCCUGAACGUGAAGUUGAGUUCACGAUUGAUUUGAUUCCUGGUACUAGUCCGAUAUCGAUGGCUCUGUAUUGGAUGUCACCAUCUGAGUUGAAAGAGUUGAAGAGUCAACUAGAGAAUUUUCUUGAUAAUAGGUUUAUUUGUCCGAGUGUGUCACCGUGGGAUAAGCAGUUGUUUGCUAAACUUUCGAAGUGCGAGUUUUGGUUGAAGGAAAUGAGUUUCCUUGGCCAUGUGAUCUCUAGUGAUGGUAUUUCAGUUGAUCCUUCUAAGAUUGAGGUUAUAUCUCAAUGGGAAGCGCCAAAAUCUGUGUAUGAGAUUCGUAGUUUUCUUGGUUUGGCAAGUUAUUAUGGAAAGUUUAUUGGAGGCUUUUCUAAGUUAUCUUUGCCGUUAACACAGUUGACUAGGAAAUGUCAAGCUUUCAUUUGGACUGCACAGUGUGAAGCUAGUUUUCAAGAGCUGAAGAGGAGAUUGACUAUUGCUCCUGUUUUGAUUUUACCGAAUCCUUCAGAACCGUUUGUUGUGUCUUGUGAUGCUUCUUUGAUGGGUUUAGGAGGUGUGUUAAUGUAG